AGCACUACUUACAUAUUGUCACCAUUCAAUAUUGAUUGUAAUAUAUAUCGAUAUCUCUAAGUUAAAUUUUUCUAAAUUAACCACCUUAAUGGAUCAAGUGAGUAGUGCUACUGAAGUUGAUGAUCAAGGUGGCAAUAGCAAAUCAGUGAAAGUGUCAAAAUGGAGAGAGAGUGAUGAUCAAUUUGAAGGAUCAAUAGGAGAGAAACCAUCAAGAAAUGAAGUUUGGGGAUGGUAUCUUUAUGAGUUUUGUUCUUACUUUGUUCAAACGGUUCUUAUACCUGUGUUGUUUCCUCUUAUAAUAAGUCAGUUACAGAUUCUAGCUAAGGACCCUUUUCAGGAGUGGCAGAGUAAUCACCAUGGGAUGCUUUGUUCAGACAAGGAAAUUCAUCUGUACAGCACUCUAACAAAGAGAACUAUAACAGUAAACGGUUCAAACUUCUCUUCUUUAGAAUGGACAUCAAUUGCAUGGGUAUCAGGUCUAACAUUAUCCAUUCCAAUCCUCACCUUCAUCUCCUUCCACCUCAAUGGCCAUUACAAUUCAAUCAUCACAGCAUCAUCAACAGCCAUUGGAGUUUUCUUCUGUUUCCCAGCUGGCUUCUUCAAAACUACCUUAAUCUUCAUUCCCUACAUUGCUUUCAUUGUCUUAGCAACCACUGUUUCAACUGCUUCUCACACUCACCACCUUUCUCUCAUGAUUCUUUCCUUCAACAAAAAAAACCAAAACAGACACAAAAAAUCUAGCUUUUUCUCUCUUUAUGCAACUUCUUUUGGUUGUUUAGGUUCAGCUAUAAUCUCUUCUUUCAUUUAUCAUAUGCUUAGAGAGCCUGAUGAUAGAAACCUUUACACCCUUUGGAUUGUUUCAAUUUUCAGUGGCUUAAUUUGGUUAAUUGGUAUUUUACAUGUCAUUACAGCUAUAAACAGAACCUCUGUUUCCUCUGUUUCUUUGAUAAACUCAAUCUUUUAUCCUUGUUCUAUACUUAAAUAUCCAAAUGCAAUUGGAGGGCUUUUUGGGGUUUUCCUUUCAUCAUUUACCACUAUGUGUAUUUUCACUGGUUGUGUGCUUUUUAUUGUGGGCCAGCUUUGUAUUAAGCCACUACACUUACUUUAUUUUUGGUUAAUUUAUUUUCUUUUUCCUUUGGUUUCUAUGCCACUUUUGCACCAUUUACAACAACUUAUUAAAGCAAAUUCUGUAAAAAUGAAAAUAAUUGGUUUUCUUUUGUCACUGUUGUCUUCUGGUUUUGGAUUUUAUUUUUGGGAGAGUCAUUGGAAAUGGGGUCAUGUUUUGUUAUUUGGAGGGAUACAAAGUAUUGGAAGUGGAGUUUUGCAUGCAUAUGGAAGAGUUUUGGUUUUGGAAUGUGCUCCUAUUGGGAAAGAAGGUGUUUUAUGUGUUUGGUAUGGUUGGAUUAGAGCUGCUGGUUUGUGUUUGGGUUUCACUGUUGCUUCAGUUGUUCCUGGACAAAUUAGAACUUCUUUUGGAUCUGCUUUUGUUGCUGCACUUGUUGGAAUUAUUGUUCUUCUUUUUGGUAAUGUUGGUGAUGAUGUUGGGGCAAAGCAUGUUAGUAAUGAAAGUGAUUCUCAUGGUAAUCAUAAUCUUGGUUUAGAUUCUAAAGAAUCUGAUAGUGUUUGAGACUCAAAAGGAAAAAAUAAACCAAUGUUAAUUACAUCGACACUAGACAUGAUAUACACAUUUAAUAAUUUGACAAAAAGAGAAUUAAUUCAAUGUAACAAUAUGUGUAUAUGUUACAUUGACGUAUGAUACUAACAUGGAUGAAACACCGGAUAUGUUUUGAAUUUGAAGUGUUUAUUAUUAGCUUAUAUGUUUUAUGUGUUUUUAAAUUCUUUACAAAUGAUGUUAGUGUAUGCAAGAGUGGUAAUUAUUAAUUGGUUUUGUAUUA